AGCUGAAGAAAGCCGAGCUCACCCUCACUGACAUGAAGACUUGCACUCAGGAGAUGUUUGAUCUGUUGCAGUGUGACCCCCAGCCCGUGGUGGCCAUAGUCGGAGGUGGAGAGAUCACGAGCGGCAGUGUUUCUGUGUAUUUGUCUGUCGUCGAGCAACGAGUCCACGAGCUUUUGCAGCUGCAACAGUACGUGCAGUCAGAGGACGCUCUCCCGACGUCGGCUCUCACCGACGACGGCCUUGACCAAGAUUCGGAUGGGAGGUCCUCCUCAGAAUCCUCUGCCAAUGUGGUGGUUGCCAUCGCCAAGCCCCAAUUGGUUCAUCUAGGACACGCAAAUGAUGAUGACCCUGCCAACGGGGGACCCCUGACGCACAGUGACCUGAUGUCGAACAUGAGAAGAUUCAUACCAGAUAAUGACGAUGAUGAUGAUUAAGGAAAGACUUGAAGAUUUUAAUUGUAUCUCUUUACGGCCGCCACCAAUCCUCCUUUCUAGACAGACUUAUAGAGACAUAGACUUGAAGUAUCAACUGAAUAUUUAAACCAACACAAAUCCAGCUCUUUUAGACAAAUCUGAAGUUUGGAAACUUGGAAGAUAUGAAGAGACUGAAGACUGGUAUAAUUUCUGAUUUCCUGGACUAUGAAAAAAAGUAUAAAGCUUCAAAGUGUUCACUGUAGGAUAUUUUAGGAGACAGUGAAGUAUACUGGAAAGAUGAAGCUUUAUACAUUGCCAAACUAGGAUUAUGCAUAUAGUGGGGGCAAAAAAAAAGAAUCAGAAAGACUAAAAAAAUUUGGUCAGAUGAGUGGGACAUGAGAGUCUAAUGUUAGUCUCAUCUUGUUGGAUAACUUUGUCGUGAUGAUUGACUAUAAUGCAAUACAUCUUCGAGCAAGGAAUUGGUUGAAAGGCUGGAAAGAUUUUUUUAAUCAAAAGACUCAUUUGCAAUUAUGGUGUUAUUUGAUGUUUUUGGAGCUGACGGUGAAUAUCUUUAGCUGAUAUCACCGUAACCUGCACGUGGUGAGUGACAUGACCUUCCGCCUAUCAGGACCAACAGUUAUUCACCUUAAGCUGCAAAGGGAAAACAGACUAUAGUUUUAAUGUGUGAGUUUUUAUACGAGGAUAAGUUUUCACUCUUCAUAAGUGAUUCUCACCCUACAAAUAGGAUACGGAAAUAAUACUGGAAUUAUUGUAUGCAGUUCGAUCUUUCAUUAUCCUUUGUUCCACUUCAAAAUAAUCGGAAACAAACUGGUGUGAGCAAGGUCCGUCAUAUAUAUUCUUGGGUGUAAGUAUUCCAUACAAAUGAAUUUCGUCGCGAGUAUAUAGAUGAAAGAACAUUGACUCUCUUCAAGUGUGUUUGAAAAAAUAAUGUAGACGAAACAUCUCGGUAUAAUUUAACAGUGUAUUCUAAACUAUCCGUUGGCAAUUAUUGCCUGGAGGCCAUUAGUCAGCAAAAGAAAUCACCGUAACGUGACAUACAAAGUUUAUCAAAUUUCUGUGCAAACUAUUGCUAUUUGUUGUUAUUUGACCGAUGUUUUCGAACACAUCCGCUUUUGUU